UAGGCUUGAUUUAGCUAAAGCUUGGUUUUCGCCUGCCGAAAUACAAUUUUAUCAUUAGAAUUGUUGAAAAAGAGAAGUAAUCGUUCAAUUAAAUUAAAUGGUACAAAUAUAAUGGCAGACUCGCAGUUUUGUUUGGAGUGGGACUCCCACAACAAAAACAUUUGUAAUGGUUUAAGUUCUCUACAACAGAAUGGGGAGUUUGUGGACAUGACGCUGGCGGCGGACGGCCAUCAUGUGAAGGUGCAUCAGAUGGUGAUGGCGCUCGCCAGCCCUUACAUUAAGGAGCUCAUCUCCACCGCCAACUGUCCGCAUCCCGUAAUCUUCUUAAAUAAAGUAUCAUACAAGACGCUAUGCUCAAUACUGGAGUACAUCUACACCGGUCAGGCGUUGGUUGCCGUUGAUGACAUCAGUGACCUCAUCAUCGCUGCCAAAGAGUUACACAUCAAAGGGCUGGAGGAUGUGAAAGCAGUCGGCGGGACACCAUCCGUAACAGAAGUGGAAACAGAUUUUGAUGAAAUGCCAAAAGAGGUCCCUGAAAUACAAAUUAAGCUCCAACGACCGGACACAUCCACCCCACAAUUCUCAGCGUUAAACACUUUGAAGAGAAAACUCGAAAGUAAUAAGUUAUCUAGUAUGCCGAUACGGAAAAGAGUUUUGCUAAACAAAUCCGCGACAGAAAACAGUGAUAUGCCCGUGUUACAGACAGAUGGGAAAGAUAAGGAGGUUGGUUAUGAUGACCCAUUGGAUGUAGAUGACCGGGAUGAUUAUGACGACGAUGGUGAUCAGGACACGACAGUGGCAGUUAGUAAACCUUCAGCUGAUAACCCGCAAAAAUCAGAACCAGCAAUGAACUAUUCAGUAUCGAAAAACGGCGUCCUCCGUCUGAUAUUGAAUCGGUUUAUGUACUCGGCGGAAUAUCGAUACAGCGACGGCCGACGCAAAUGGCGUUGCAGUAACAGGAACCUUAACUGCAAAGCUUUUGUUGUUACUAAGAAUAAUAUGGUAGUAAGGAGAAUGUAUAACCACAUACACGCAUUCCACGACAGGAAGAUUUUAAAAAUGGUGGCAGCAGGCAACGUCGUUGCCGCGUUACCAGAAGAUUGCAUAAAAGGCGCUAAUCAAAGUACUUUAUCUAAUACACUCUGCGAGGAAAAGAAAAUUAACUUAGCCGAAAGACCUUUGAAGAAAACUGUAACUAAAAAGCCCAAAGAGCAGGAGGACCGAAGCGACGCGUUUGAAAAUGCCAGUGAACAUUUUGAACAAGGUCUGGACGAAAAGCCUAAAAAAAGUACAAAGACAGAAAAACCAUAUGGGUGCAAGCAAAGCGCAGAGGCUCAAACACCCCAUGAACAAAGCAAUCAAAGCGAUACCAAAAGACCCUUUAAACAAAGGAAGAAAUUUGCAGAACCCGAACCCUUGGAGCAAGGAGCUAAAAUACCAUGUGAACAGGGAAAACGUGGCUCUGAUCAGGGUAGUUUUUCUAAGAUACCUUGUGAGGUAGAGAGGGUAGUGGCCGAAAGGCUUUGUGAACUGAAAAGUGCUGGGCAACAAGAUAGUAACUUGAAAGUGGUUGAAAAGCAGGACAGUGGAUUGUCAAUGCCUGUUUUAUCCCCGGUUGGGGAAACGUAUAGGGAUAGGAGAGCAAAAUAGUAAAUUAGAUAAGUAUUGUGCAGAGCGUGUAGAGAAACAUAGGAAACAACAAAACAUUAUUUUUCACCUCAGCAGCUCGAACAAGCCUACUUUCGUCACUCCCUGGAGUGAGAAAACUGCGACUUUUCUAACUCCAGGGAGUAAAGAAAGUGCGACUUUCCUCACUCCAGGGAGUGAAACAAAGUAGCUUUUUAAUUUAGUGAAGGCCAUGAACUGCCACUUCAUACUUUUAUUACAUUUUUUUAUAUUUUUCUGUGUAAUUCGAAAUACAUUUUACCUUUAAUAUGUUCUCACUACUGAGGUGAAAAAUUAUGUGGGCAACACGAGAGCAAAGUUAUUUUACAUCUCGUGUUUUUGAGUCCCUCGCUACGCUCAAGAUUCUAACUUAGAAUCAUAGAAUCUGUCGCUUUCACGGGACUCAAAAUAAACACUCGCAAGAAAAACCAACUUUCCUCUCUUGUUGCACAAAUAACUAUCGUAUAAACAGACCGAAAAAAUGUAUCUCCUGUACCUAAAAGUUAAAGAUGCUUAAGCCUGAUUUCUCGUCGUGGCUUACAUCGCUCAAAAGUGUGCCCGACACGACUUAGUUUUCGAGAUAAUCAAUAUUGUGGGAAUUUGUACCAAUGCUCUUAACUUUUGGGUACCGGAAAGAGAAAGAAAAAAGAGUCAAAAGACAAAAGUAAACACUACAUCUGUGCAUAAUGCAU